AUGAUCUCGAUACGAUGUGCUAGACGCUAUUCUUCCUUAGAUAAUUCUAAACUAUCCAGCAUAAUCGCUGUCAACAGCGUCCAAAGCUUCCAGCAGUCGCUGUCAAGCAAUUUGGCACUGACAAAACUAGCAAAUGCCUACCAAAAUGGGAAAUUUGCCAUUGAAGACGGCGAGGGAAAGGUCUCAGAUGGUUUGAAUUCAACUAGAACACUCCCGUUGGUUCGAUUCCCAAAAAAACAGGUUUUCGAAGAGGUUCUGAAUGAUCCAAAGGUCGGGAACUGGAGAAAACCCGCAACAAAAUGGAUUAGGCUGGGAAAGAGACUGCUGAGGAUGUAUGUGAAUGGCAUUAAGAAUACAUGGCAAGCUUAUUUCGAUUCUAGGAGGCUGUUACAGAGAAUAGGACCCUCUGAGUCGAUGGUGGUCUCAACGUAUAGGGAUUUGGAAUUUCAGCAAAUCCAGAACAGAAGUAAUCCCGGCGAUACAGUGAGACUCGCGCUUUCAAGGAAAGAAUUCCAGGAAAUCCACAGGCGUCGGGAAUUUUGGAAAUUACCAUCUUUCUUCGUUCUGUUUUUGGUGUUUGAAGAAACUUUGCCUGUCAUAUGCUAUCUGGUUCCCUCACUAGUACCUUGGAAUUGUCUGACACCAGGUGCCUAUAAGAAACUGUCAGAACGGAUGAUUGCCUCCCAGGAACAAUUGCCUUAUCGAAAACUGGGACCCGCUGUCCGCUAUACCACGCCCUUUGCCUUGGAAUCUUCAAGCACCAUUGAUUUGCUAAAAAGUUUCAAAAUGCUUCCCCGGGCCAAAGCUGUGCUUUGUGAAUGGUCUGGUAACAAAAGCUCAUUGUGCGAGUUGCUAGCUAAAUUUCACCAAUAUCUGGUCUUGGACGAUUGGUUCCUGCUACAAAGUAUUCUAAAUACCGAGGAUAAAACCAUCUUGUCUGAAAGUGAGCUCGUUAACGCAAUUUUGGAAAGACAACUAUAUCGAUCGGGCGAAGAUCUGAAUGAGUUAGUCUCCACCGAAUCUGGUCAAAAAGUACUUGUCUGGCGUCUCAUCAUCUACUGGUCUUUCAGAUUUCAAAAUACGAUUGUUACCGGAGGAACAAAGACGUUUUCGGAACUAUGGGGCGUUAACAACGUCGGGAUUCUCAACCACCCCGGCUCCCAAAAGCUACUUGAUGAAUCAAGCCUGCCGUACGUCACUCAUAAAGAUUGA